UUACGGCAAACGUGUGUGCGUACGGAAAGCUUGUUGUUAGCCGCAUAGCUAAUUGCUGAAGUGCAACUUACGCUCUUGCUUCUCCCACGAGCUCGAGCAAAAACACUCGCACGUUUAGGUUUUUAAACCCGGUGACAUGGACGUCGGAGAGCUUCUGAACUAUCAGCCUGAUAGAGGAGCAAAGCGUCACAGGGACGGGGACGGAGGAGCAGCGGGAGGAGAUGAGGAUUCCCGAGGUGGGAAGCAGCACAAGGGGCUGAGUGCCAGGGAGUUGGCCAGAUACCGGGAAGCAGCAGCGGGAGCAGGAUUCGAUGGAGGGGGUGAGAUGAGGGAGGCCGAGGAUCUGGCCCUGGACAAGAAGAGGAUCCUGGAGAAACUGAUGGACCAGGAUGAAGAUGAACCUGAGGCAGAGCCGGUGGACGAGAGUUCAGUGAAGAAAAUGAUCCUGACCUUUGAGAAAAGGUCGUACAAAAAUCAGGAACUGAGGAUUAAGUUUCCGGACAACCCAGAGAAGUUCAUGGAGACGGAGCUGGACCUGAACGACAUUAUCCAGGAAAUGCACGUGAUCGCAACAAUGCCGGACCUCUACCACCUGCUGGUGGAGCUGAAUGCCGUCCACUCCCUGCUGAGCCUCCUCAGUCAUGAGAACACUGAUGUUGCCAUAGCAGUGGUGGACCUGCUGCAGGAGCUGACGGAUAUCGACACGCUCCAGGAGAGCGAUGAAGGUGCCGAGGUACUCGUAGACGCUCUGUUGGAGGGUCAGGUGGUGGCCUUACUGGUGCAGAAUAUGGAGCGGCUGGAUGAACAGGUGAAGGAGGAGGCUGAUGGCAUCUAUAACACACUGGCCAUCACAGAGAAUAUGUCCGAGUUCAGACCGGGCCUGUGCACCGAGGCCGCUCAGCAGGGACUCAUGCAGUGGCUGCUCAAGAGAAUCAAGGCAAAGAUGCCGUUUGAUGCGAACAAGUUGUACUGCAGUGAAAUCCUGGCCAUCUUGCUGCAGAACAAUGACAAUACCAGAGAAUUAUUGGGCGAGAUGGAUGGCAUUGAUGUCUUACUGCAGCAACUAUCUGUGUUCAAGCGCCACAACCCGUCCACGGCCGAGGAGCAGGAGAUGAUGGAGAACCUCUUCGACGCACUGUGUUCCUGCCUCAUGCUGCCAGCCAAUCGGGACCGCUUCCUCAGAGGGGAAGGGCUUCAGCUGAUGAAUCUCAUGCUCAGAGAAAAGAAAAUGUCUCGAACCAGUGCGAUGAAGGUCCUGGACCAUGGGAUGAUUGGACAAGAGGGAGCGGAUAACUGUCAUAAGUUUGUGGACAUCCUGGGCCUGCGGACCAUCUUUCCCCUUUUCAUGAAAACCCCCAAGAAGAUGAAGAAAGCCGCCGCUUCAGAGAAGGAGCACGAAGAGCACGUCGGCUCCAUCAUCGCCUCCAUGCUGAGAAAUCUCAAGUCCCAACAGAGAAGCCGGCUCCUCAACAAGUUCACAGAGAACGACUGCGAGAAGGUUGAUCGUCUGAUGGAGCUGCAUUUUAAGUACCUGGAGGCUGUUCAACAGGCCGACAAGAGGAUCGAAGGAGAGAAACACGAGAUGGUUCGACGGGGGGAGAUCCUCGACGACAUCCUGGAGGAUGAGUUCUACCUUCGCCGCCUGGACGCCGGACUGUUCGUCCUUCAGUUGAUCUGCUAUAUUAUGGUGGAGAUCAGCAACUCGGGAAUAUCACAGCUGCAGCAGAGGGUCCAUCAAAUCCUCAACCUGAGAGGAGGCUCUGUCAAAGUAGUGCGACACAUCAUGAGAGAGUACGCUGAGAGCAUCGGAGACGGGAAGAGCGACGAGUUCAAAGAGGCUGAGCGGAAGAGGAUCAUGGACCUUGUGGAAAAUUUCUAAUCUCGCUUUCUCUCGCGCGUUUCUACAAACACACGCACACACACAAUAUAUUCUCACACUUGAGAAUGUUAAAAACGGGCUGGCCUGAUUUGUCUGAUGAGCCGGUCUAAGAACCAGAAUUGUUCUUCUGUAACAUUCCAAACUGGCGUGUGCGUGCGCGUGUGCUCGUGUGCAUGCACAGCAACGCUGCAGCAGAGAAAUGUGUUUCAAUAACCUGGUUUACUUUGCCUGCAUCUUUGACACCCAAUGUGAUCACAUUAUAAUUCAUUUUUAUUUUUCCGUUUUUUAAUGUAUUAAAUCUAAUUCAACUCAAAAGCACAAUCUCUGUUAAUGAAAGGAUUGCUGUGCACGUCACGCCGCUCUCUGUGGAAACUGUUGGAGUUGGAGUUUGGAGAGCAGAAGCUCGGCGAACA